GCUGGCCUGCCUGGGGCUAAUGCCGGGGGCCAGCCCCGAGCCCGGCCUGCUGGCCCUGCUGGCCGGCGGGGCCGGCGGUGUGGGGCGGGACACCCCGGGCUCCCUGUUAAAUACAGUGUGGGCCCGUGUGCACUGCCCCGACGGGCCGUGUGGAAAGUGCCUGGACGAGGACGACGUGCUGGCCCUGCUGGGGCGGUCCGAGGGGCCGGUGCUGGGCUCUGGGGACGUGCCGCGCCUCAGUGCCGGGGUCCUGCUCUAUCUCAGUGACCCCCCUGGGGUGUGCGCCGACGCCAGAGCCCGACGCUGGGGACUCCGGGCCGAAGCCCUCCUCCGGGCCCUGGAAGGAGCACCGGACGACCCUGCCCCCCUGCCCACCUCCAACAUCGCCGUGAACUCUGACCUCCUGAGCCAGCUGAUGAGGAGGGUCCUGACCCACUACCGUCAGGAGCCGGGGGGCUCCAAGCCCUGUGUGGAUGUCGGCCAAGUGUUGGCAGAAGCGGCGGGGGCUGCGGGGCCUGGGGGCCGGGGGCCAGAGCGGGCGCUGGCCGCCCUGCUGGACCACGUUCUGGCCGGGUCCUGCUUCCGGGCCCUGCCGCCGCCAGACUACUUCGUGGACUACGUCUUCCGGCACGUGGGCAAUGAGUCCCGCAAUCUCACACUGACGGAGCUGAGCGCCCUGAUGGGACACCUUAGGGUGGGGAAGGAGGCCUCAGCCCAUCCCCACGGCCACACGGACCCUGGCAACCACGACCACGGGGACCACAACCACACAGAGCGACGGAGGAGGAGGAGGAACAGCCUCUGGCGGGGGGAGUCUCGGGAGUCCGGCGACGUGUGGGACACGGUGUGUCUGAGUGCCUCGGAGGUACUGGAGGUGUAUGAGAUAGCCGGGGCCGGGGGCGUCUCCCCCGCAGCCUGGGCUCAGCUCAGUCCGGCCCUGAUCCAGCAGCAGCUGAGCGGAGCCUGUCUUUCGUCCCCCGACCCGGCCCCGGCAGCCGGACAGCUGACCCAGGCGGAGAAGUACCUGUACGGGUCGCUGGCGACCCUGCUCAUCUGUCUGGGCUCUCUCGUCGGCCUCGUCUUCCUGUCCUGCUCCGCUUGCGCCUCCGCCUCCCACUAUAUCACCCAGACCUUCCUGAGCCUGGCCGUGGGUUCGCUCACCGGAGACGCUGUCCUCCACCUCAUCCCCAAGGUCCUGGGCCUGCAUUCCCACGAGGCCGAGGCGGGGCCGGUGGAGCCGGUGUGGCGGCUGUUGGUUGUGUUGGGCGGCUUCUACAGCUUCUUCCUUCUGGAGUCCCUCUUCAGCCUCCUGGGAGCCCACGGCCACAAGGACUCGACGGACGGGCACUGCGAUCAUGGGCUGCCCCUGCCGAUGGCACAGAAUGAGCUGAAGCUGAGGAAACAGCCCUCUCCGGGGGGGUCCCGCGCUGACCUGGUCUCCGUUGAGAACCCAGAGCAGGGCGACCCGGAGACACGGAAGGCCAGUCGGGAGUUACAGGUCCUGCCGUACAUGAUCACGGUCGGCGACGCGCUGCACAACUUCGCGGACGGGCUGGCGGUGGGGGCCGCCUUCUCCUCGUCCUGGAGCACCGGGCUGGCCACCUCGCUGGCCGUGCUCUGCCACGAGCUGCCCCACGAGCUGGGUGACUUUGCCGCGCUGCUGCACGUGGGGCUGAGCGUGAGGCGGGCGCUGCUGCUGAACUUCGGCUCGGCCCUGACGGCCUUCCUGGGCCUCUACGUGGCCCUGGCCGUCGGGGCCCAAGGGGACUUCGAGAUCUGGAUCCUGUCGGUGGCCACCGGCCUCUUUCUCUACGUGGCGCUCUGCGACAUGCUUCCCGCCAUGCUGAGCGUGAAGGACCCCCGGCCCCGGCUCCUCUUCCUGCUCCAUAACGUGGGGCUGCUGGGCGGCUGGGCCAUCCUGCUGCUGCUGUCCUUGUACGAGGAGAACAUCGCCCUCUGACCACCCUUUGACCCCCCCGGUUUCCCGGUUGAGAUCAUUCCCACGUCACCGGUGGGCUUCGACUCGCCUGGGCGCUCAGUGCAGCGCCCUGCACCCAGUCGGCACUCAAUAAAUACCGCUGACUGGUUGAUUGA